CGCAUCUAGAGUCUAGCCGCAUCCUGUGCCGAAGACGCUGUGGUUCGCCAACCUCCCGUGGUUGCGGGCAACUCGGAUUACCCGUGUGUCAGAGGGCCAAGCGGCGGGUGUGGUGCAGAACAACCACGUGUUUCCUGGCGUUUGUGCGCGUGCUACAUGCUCACGCAGAAGUGACGGUGAUCAUCCAAGUGUGGCGGCAAGAGUCGUUGCACGCUCGGAUGCGCGGAAACUGUCGGCGAGCCUUUUUGUUGUCGUUUUUGCUGCGUCGAGGCCUUCUUCUAGCGAUUGACAUCGUCCCGGCGUGGCCGUGCUAUGGUGCGUCCUUGUGCCUAGAGAGAGAGGAGCGGGUUGCAUCACGGGGCUGCCUAUCGGGAAAGAUGAAGAGGACGCCGCGAUGACCUCGGGUGUUCCGGCGCCACCCCUUCAUCCUCCUCCUCCUCCUCAUCGGCUCGGCUGAUAUAUGCAGCUGGCAGCAGGCGCCAUGGUGUGUGCCCCGACGUCACUGGCGAUGCUGCUGCUGCUCGUGGCCGGGGUGCCCGUGCGGCCGGUCGCGGCGCGCAAGGGCCACCAGCACCAACAGCAACAGCACCACCGGCCCGACCCGCUGCUGGUGCACACGGCCAAGGGCCCCGUCCGCGGACUGGCCACCGAGGCGCCCACGGGCAAGCCGGUCGACGUGUUCUACGGCAUACCGUACGCCAAACCGCCCGUGGGCCGCUACCGGUUCCGGCACCCAAAGCCCAACGACCCAUGGAAGGGCGUCCUGGACGCCACCGUCAAGCCCAAGUCGUGCUUCCAGACGGUGGACACCUUCUUCGGCGACUUUCGUGGCAGCCUCAUGUGGAACGCCAACACCAACAUGAGCGAGGACUGCCUGACGCUGAACGUGUGGGUGCCCCGGCCUCGGCCCAACGCCAGCCACCCGGCCGCCGUGCUGGUGUGGAUCUACGGGGGCGGAUUCUACAGCGGCACCUCGACGCUGGACGUGUACGACGGUCGCACGCUGGUGGCCGAGGAGCGCGUGGUGCUCGUGUCCAUGAACUACCGCGUCGCCUCGCUGGGCUUCCUGUGCCUCGACCACCCGGAGGUGCCGGGCAACGCGGGCCUCUUCGACCAGCUCAUGGCACUGCAGUGGGUGCAGGAGAACAUCGCCGCGUUCGGCGGCAACCCGCGCAACGUCACCCUGUUCGGCGAGAGCGCCGGCGCCGUCAGCGCCAGCAUGCAUCUGCUCUCGCCGCUCUCCAGGGACCUCUUCUCGCAGGCGAUCCUCCAAAGUGGCACGGCCAUCGCCCCGUGGGGGGUGCACGAUCGCCACACGGCGCUGCAGUCGGCGCUCCGGCUGGCCGAGACGCUGCACUGCCCGCACGACGAGCACCACCUGGAAGCCAUGCUGGCAUGCUUGCGCGAGCAGGACCCCGAGAUGAUCGUAAACAGCGAGACGGGCAACUUCGGCGUGGUCGAGUUCCCUUUCGUGCCGAUCGUGGACGGCGCCUUCCUCGACGAGUCCCCGCAGGAGUCGCUGGCAGCGCGCAACUUCAAGAAGACCAACCUGCUGCUGGGCUCGAACCGCGAUGAAGGCACCUACUUCCUCAUCUACUACCUGACCGAGCUGUUCCGACGAGACGAGUCGGUCUACCUGGGCCGCGAGGACUUUGUGCGCGCCGUGCGCGAGCUGAACCCGCUGGUGGGGGAGCUCGCGCAGCAGGCGAUCGUGUUCCAAUACACGGACUGGCUGAACCCGGAGGACCCGAUCAAGAACCGGGACGCCGUGGACAAGAUAGUGGGCGACUACCACUUCACGUGCUCGGUGGUGGAGUGGGCGCACCAGUACGCCCUCGCGGGCUCACAGGUGUACGCGUACUACUUCACGCACCGGUCGUCGGUGAGCGCCUGGCCUCAAUGGAUGGGCGUCAUACACGGCGAGGAGAUCGCCUUCCUGUUCGGCGAGCCGCUCAACAAGUCGCUCGGCUACCGGGCGGACGAGCAAGCGCUCAGCCGACGCAUGAUGCGCUACUGGGCCAACUUCGCAAAGACAGGGAACCCGAGCCUGUCCGAGGAGGGCCACUGGGAGCGCAUCUACUGGCCCGUGCACACGGCGCACGGCAAGGAGUACCUGACGCUGGCCGUCAACUCCAGCCUGGUGGGAUACGGCCACCGGGCGAAGUAUUGUGCCUUCUGGCAACAGUUUCUACCUCGCCUCGUCAACCUCUCCGAGAACCAGCCCAACAUGUCGGCCACCUGCACGGGCGGAUCCUCCUCGGCACGGACUGCCUCCGGCUGGGCGCUACUGCUGCUGCUGACACUGCCCACGACGCUGCACCACCUCCCGCCGCUGCUGCUGUCCCUGUUACCUCUGCCCCUGGCGGCGGCAGACGCAAGCCUCGCGGCGGUAGCGGCGACGACGACCCUCAUCCCUCGCCGUAGGAUAUGGUGCUAACUAUAUACUCGCGGGAGGGCGUAACACCCAACGGACACUGCUCGCCGCCGCGCGUGGUGCCACGGCGGACAAACAACACCGGGUGUCGCGGUGUCGCGGUCCUUCCGGGACACGUCGGCACCACUUUGGAGGCGCCCACCGACGCGAUGUAGGAAAGAAGAAAAGAAGCCAAGUGCAGCGGUGUUGUGUUACCCCGUGCGGUGCCCGAGCGUCUCCCGGCAAUGCGUGGACCUUUUUCUUCUACUCCCUCUUUCUUUUUCUUUUUUUUUUUUCUUUUUGGUUUUUCGGUGGAACGUCACUUUGCGAGAUCCUUGCGCGCGUGGGCCGCAGGUGACCCCACUGCGGCCUAGCCUGCGUACACUUCGUUGCCCUUAAUGACCAGCAUGGUGCACGACGACCGAGCCACACGUGCACGCAGAGGAAUCGACUGACCGUCGGAUGGUCGCAGUCGGUUUCGCUUUGGACCUGCUCUAAUUGUGUGUGGCUUACGCCGAUGAACGUUCUCUACCAUACGGGAGUUUUUUGUUGUUGGUGGUGUUACAUUUCUGGUUAUCUGGGCUGCGUGGUAUGUUCACAACUCGUGGCUGAGGAAUGCCUUGACAGACGCUGAAAACAGCAUUUUCUUUUCGCUGUGCGUUCGCGUAAACCUAUAUUGGUAUGGUCUCCCGAAAACUAUUGGAGCCAGGCUCUCCGUCACCUCUUCGCGAACAAAAUGCUUACCUAAGUUCUGAGAAGCUUUCGUUCAGGCUGCAUUGCGUACUGAGCCUCAUCGUUUGUUUGCAUACGCCAAACAUGUUCCUGCGUUCUCGUUGCUUUUACCGUAAGCUUUGUAACGACAUGCAACUAAGAACAGAGUUCUAAGGCUCCGCCAACUCUAUACGUAUACAUUAAGAAUGACGCUUAGGCGAUUCUAUACCGACGCACUAGUCUAACCCAAAACCAAAACUGACCCAAACGCUGUCGCGGUGCUGGGUCUGUCGAGGCAUGCUUCAGCUGUGGUUAUCUGAAAAGUUUCUCGGCCGAAACCAGGAAUCAGUGAAUAACUCGGCCUAUAGUAUAGGCGUUGUUGCCGCUGCAAUUACCGCCGCAUUAGGUUUUCAAAGACAAACUGUGUCAGAGUUAGCUGCUCUUGGCAGUUAUGCCUCUAACGUGCACCUAUACUAGCAGUGAAAACCUCUCCCAAAUUGAUGUAACGCCCCCGGCAUCUACGCAUGACCGAGGGCAUUUAGGUUACCGAGGUUUUAUGCUGACAUUGUAUUGGUUAUUUGCUAACGGCAUGCCACACGUGCAUCACACGCACUUGCAAGAGCAGGCGCUGCGCUGUGAUGCUCGGAGCUUGGGGAGACUCCUGGUCACAUUCCAACUGCCGCACAGCAUUUGUGGAAACCCCACCUUCGCCCGCAUCUUACCGUGACCAGCAGUGCAGCGUUGAUUAAAAAGCCACGCCGCAUGUUCGCCGGCCGCUCUCCUUCUAUGGUGCCCGGGGAUGUUGUUAUGUACACCGUAAAAUUCCGCCAUACUGGUGAAGUCUGCAAUGGCCGCGCUUUGAGCCAAUCAGAGAGAACCGUAGCAGCCCUCUGGGCCAACCAGAGCAGACAAUAUGGCGAAAUUUAACCCCAGCUUUCCGUACCAUUCUGCACCGACUCGCGGAAGACCUGACAUGAGAAGGAACGUCGGUAAACAAGCACGGCGGCUUGCUAAUGGUGAUAAUUGGGCGGAAGCGAGAGGGAAGUUUCCACAACAGUCUUCUCACACACUUGGCUGUUUACGAAGCAGUUGGCGAAAGAACUUGUCGAUUUCAGCAAGCAGCGCUCAGCUUGCUUCGAUAGGGUGUUCCUGUGCUGUUGUUUACGCUGAGAAUGUGACGUACGUGCGCCCACAUUUUUAUUUCUCUCUCUCUCGUUCGUUUCCGUUUCGUGUUCUCCAAGGUCUGACGCGUCCGUCGGCGUUCCCGCGGUGUCUAUGCAUGCUCCGAAUCUCGCCGUAAAACUCGCUGGGUGGCCUGCGUUGGCCGCUCACCACGAGUUGUUCAAACUUCUUCCACUGUUCGCCGGACGGGUUCUCCUAUGCCAUUCACUCAAGAAGCGAGGCGGGAAUGAAAGAAUCGCUGAAAUGGAGGCGGUAAAGAAAGGCGCGAGCCUUUAAGCUGGGACCUGCGCACGCGUUCGCUUUCGCUUUGACGUACCUUAAUGUUAUGGUCUCGCGCUAUACUGUUGGUUUCAUUGUAAACUAAUCCCUUGGCAACUGGCACAGAUGGGAGGGAAACGUCGUUCGCAGUAUAGCGCCAACACAAUUGCACACCGUGGAAGCCGUGAAAACUGGAAUGCCACUCGACAACGGCUUCGGCUUUCACUUUCCUCAAAUUCAUCGACAACUGCGCUGCUCCCGUGUCUCCGAGGUGACCGGCACGCUGCUAUUUCCCAGUUCAUCGUCUUCAAAAAACACCAUGUAAAUACGUUCGCCACAUCUCCACCCCGCUGGUCAGUGGACGUCUCCUGGACUGUCUGGUGAAAUCACGCCUCUCUUGAGUACUGAGCUUACUAUAAGUUAUAUAAUAAGAUGUCUCGCAGGAGCCACCGCUCAAGGAAGUCUUUGUUGCUUAAUGUUUCCUUUUUUUCUAUACAUUUCCUUACACGAACCCCCUCGUUCGUCCCGGUUCCCCUAUCGUCUUCAACUUGAGUUAAGUUGCUGGCACGUAAUCCAACAAAAUCGUUAGGAAAAAGAUGAAGGAUCUUUCUUGCUCUUGCUCCUUCUGGUCUUCACUCCUCAACUGCGUUCGAUAGAGGAGUCAGAUAAAGUUCGCAGCCAACAAUAGCGGGUGAAGCGCGUGUCAUCGGCAGAUGUGCCUCCCGUUCACGUGGAUUGCGGAAAUGAACCGCAGUGCGGCAUUUCUGAAACGAAAACUAUCCGCGCAAAAAUAAAAAAAUAAAAUAAAAAGGACCCUCAGGAACUCCCCGGAUCUCCAGUGGUCUUGCAGCGUAGGUUUACACAUACUGCGCUCCAUAGAGAUUCCCUCAGCCCGGAAGAUAAUGGUUUGGCCGUACCUUUCUGUGGUACUUUUCUGGCACAUAUAAGACCCGAUGCAUGUCUUCCGCUUACAUUAAAACAAAAAAGAAAGAAAAAGGAAGGUGGAGUCUUUGUCACUGUCUGAAUCCUUUGUUCUAAGUGAAUCUGGGAAGGCGAACUUCGUAUGAUAAUGCUAUGCGCGACACGCACUAAUAACAAAGCCGUUAACAAUUUCCGGCACAUUCGCUCUCCUCGCAGUGAAUGCUUCAAAAAUUAAAUCCUUUCACACUCGUGUUUCUGUGUUUUUCGAACCUCCACUCGAAGCAGGCGUCCGUUUGUACUCGCGUUUAAGGCCUUAGUUAGACGGCUUUCGCAAAAGGCGUCAUGGGAAUCUGUGGAGGAUCCGCACUGAACAGAAAGCGUAGGAGUGACCCUUGUCUUUUCAAGUAAGCACGCAAGUAGCUUUGAAAGCUCUUAUCACCAGCGUUCUGGCUGCUUUUAAGUUCCCAGAUGAGAGACGAAGCAAAAGAUAAAGGAUGCGAACAGAUACCCACAAGAUAGUGGACGGUGCACACAAAAAAAAGGUACAAGAGAUAUCAAACCAUACGACGAGAGAAAUAUUCGAGUAUCGUUCACAUUGAAAGGCGCGAAGAACAAAGCACAGCGAAGAGUAAAAUACACGCUAAAGUGUUAGACGUCGGGCUAAACCCACGGGCAACUUUAAAUACUACGCUAAGCCCUCGAGCUUUGUUCAAACAGGUACUAGGAGGAGUAAGCUUCAGUCGGCACUUGAUGCUUUCACCUCGUGCUGGAACAUUCGUUAAGAACACUGCGACAGUGUUCAUCGCAAAUCUGUUGGAAGCUGGUUCUGUUACUCGAGGGGAAAAGCAGUCGCUGACGCCACAAUCAGCGCCCCGGUGAUCCGAUGUUACCGUUCGAUCUCGCUUCGCUAACAAAGGCGUGAAACCAGUCUCUUCGGCCUUCCACUUCGAAACAAAGAAAAUCAAGCACACAAAAAAAGUUGCAGUAGGAACGAAGUGGCCCAUUAUUCGUUCCGGCAUUCAUUCGCAGGUGCUGGAGGAUGUAACGAGGUGCCGGCAAAAACUUUUUUUUUUCCUAAUAGGUGUGGAAGACUUCGCAAGAGCAGACACCUGCCGACAACCCGAACAGAUUCGCUGAGAACGUUUAAUUUUCAAGAGAGCGAUGAGAGAAAUAAAGAAGGAGCACGAUUAUUCAUCGUCUGCAAACAGUCCGAGCUUGAAAAAAAAAAUCUCAUUUGGACACGCAACUGAGCGGAAGAUACCCGCAGGCGGAGGAUAAAUGGCUGCACUGCCAUCCUUCUGACCGCGUUAUUCCAUUUUUUCUCCAGAAAAAGGCAACGCGCACCUUUCUUUUGAUAUGCCUAACCGAUUCCUGACGUUUAUUCUUUGCGUAUUUUCUCGUUUUCAACGUCGGCAUUGUUCCUAUUAAAGUUUGUCAAAGAAGUUCCUCAAAUGCCUUCGCUGGAACGCAGAAGGAGCCUUCUUGGAAAUUGUUUUAUUUCUCUCUCUUCCUUGCAUGCGAACCCAUUAGUCGACUGUCCCAGAAAAGUUUAACGCGAUUUUUUAUCCACUAUGACUGAGAAAGAGAGCGCCGUUGCCUAGGGAGGAUGAAUUUUCCGCAACGGUUCUUCAGCAGGAGGUGUGGCGUAAUGAAUUCAACGUGAUGCUGCAGUGCUGAACGAAUGAGAUGGAAUUCGGAAGGGGGGGCAACAAAGGCAUUUCUUUUAAUUAUAUCACGACAUUUUGCGAACGUCAUCAUAACGCAAGAGCAUUGUAACUCUGUACACCACAUAGAGUGUAUACAAGCUCUUAAAGUAGUUCUCAGCUAAUCGUGUUCCUGACGGUUCAACGAAACAACAACGUACGGACCUUUUCUCUAAUUUCGGUACGCUAACACCCGCCAUCGCCUUGAUAGCUCUCGUUGUUAGGCCUAGUUGGUUCAUAAUUCUUCAUAAACGUAGCUUGAAACACACAGACAGAAGACCGGCAGUUUCCAAAGUUGUACGUCGACUACUUCGACUGCAAGCUCUUACGUAGAAGUCAGCGCUCACUGCAGCUACGCAUUUAUCGUCAAACAACCGGCACCGUUGAGUGAGAGAAGCAGUUAGAAACUUUCCUUAGGGCAUUAUGUCUAGGCCUUACUGACUGCCGAUUUCUAUUGGACGGCUCUUACGAGCCCGAAGGAGCUUACCGGGGACGGGAAAAGCGAAGAUAAAUGCAAAGCAACGCGCGCUCACGGUCCCCGCUCAUCGGCGCAGCCACGGUGGUACGCAAGAAAGAUUGCAACAAACGCAUUUCUACACGAGUCCCAACUGUCCCGCGUAUGCAUAUACGUAUACAUACCAAGUAGACCAUAGGCCUCGACGCGAGUCCUCUUCGGCCCCGCGUAAAGCGCUGCCUCUGCAGGAAGGGUAUUCCCCCUUCCUGAUGCAGCCAGGAGGUUUUCCGCGUACCGUACUUACCAUGUCGAUCCCCCCCCCCUCCCCCCCUACGUCACCGCGUCGCCAGAUGGCCUCCCUGUCUCCCUCGUCGUGGGAGCCUUAAUACCUGCCAGCCUUACGAGGAGGAGAAAGCACGUAUAACGCCGGGCAGCAGUUGUCGGUAGAACUACACCAUCAUAUCUCGUACAGGGCAACGUGCUUGUUCCCCACAAUGACACUCGCCACAAGCCCUGUCCAUCAUCUCUCUCUCUCUCUUUCUUUCUCUCUGGCGCCCGAGCGCGAAGUUCUUUUCAUCUUCGCGUUCUUGCCCAGCGUACGCAUGCGCCGUGUGCUUGUGUAGGCAGCUUAGUGUGUGCAUGUAUCGGCGUAGAAAGAAAUGCGGCCGAGUAAAGGCCUGCUUCUUUCGUAGUUUCUUGUUUUGUUUUGGUCACUGUCUGGGGGUUCGAUGCUCGGUUUAUACGAUUUCUCCCCCGACUUCGCGCCACUUGGACAAAGUCCUUAUGCGAAGUUACCGCGGCCCGCGCUAGGGGGAAUGCUGUGGAAUAGCGCGUGGUGAAAAGACGAGAGAGAAAAGAAAGGAAUAUACAUACAUGUAUGCCGCGUGUCUUGUCACCGUUGUUUCUCCCUGGGCGUGUGAUCGACUUUUUGAAAGUAAUCGUCGAUACAUACAGCGGUUGCGUGGCCAUUCUCAAAUCGUUCGUUUGGCUACACGCAGAAGAAGCGUUAAUGCACCAUAUGCAGGUAGUUGGUGGGUAAUGGCGUUACAAGCUCAGAAAGUGUGUAGCAUAUUGUAAUAUGGAGGCUCACGACAGUUUGUGAGAUGCUCCCUGGUGAUCUCAGAUAUCAUUCUCAUUACGUGGCAGUGCCGUCAAGCAGCUACAACGAUUUUCAUGUUCGUUUGUUUUUUGUUUCUUUUUCUUCCUUCUCAGUCUGAAACCUUGACAAUGCAUGUGCUUCUAUAAAUAACGGUCCCCACGUUGUCGGCCGAGGCAAAUUUUCAAUGGACGGGAAGGUCAAAGCGCCAAAUUGGGCAUCACUUUUUUUAAUUAGUAUUAAAAGGGUUAGUCUACAAGCCAUCGAUGUAUUGUUAAUAUAUAGAGUAUAUUUUUUUGCCGAAAGCUUAGCUGACGUCACAAUGACGUCAGUUAAGUCGAUGAAUUCUAAGUGACGUCACAGAAAAUCGCUUAGGAAGUCAACGUGGUGUUUCCACAUUCGAACAGAGCUUCAUUAACAUUUUGCUUUAGUCUCCAUUGAACUAAGUUUGCUUGAGUUAUGAGUGUUGUUUUGAACUUUAUGAUACGAAGGGAAACGUGCUGUUUCGCCAUUACGCACAACAUAUCAGUCGAUGUAACAUGCUGUCGAGGCGCGAAACCGCUCUUAGAGUGAGUAAAUCCGGAAAUUUCACAAAGCGUGAGCUUAUCAUGCUUACAAGGAACCUGGAACGCCUGCCUGAAGCUACGAUAAGUUGUUAUCGUAGAUAAGUGGAAUGCGAACAGGUCAGUUCAAACAUCGAAACGCCUAAUUCCAAAAUUUAUUCAAUUAAUUUCAUAAAAGCGCGCAAUCGGUGUUUCUCUACCAAAGAAGUGUGUGGUGCAUGUCGCGCACGAAAUUUCUUAUCCAGCACAAGAUUUUCACUUUUGCUGCUUUGAUUUGAAUUUUUCAGUUUUGGCAUCAUGCGUCCGUAAUCGUACGUGAGAAGUGUUGUUAAUACAAUUUCCUUUAUAGGAGUUAUGUGGGGAGACAACAAACAUACAGAAAGAACAAGGAAACUGCGAGGCAUUUCCAGAGGAAGGGGUGAAAUUCUAAUGGAAGGAAUGCUAUGGUCGCUUGUCUGUUGUACACUAUACACGUUGUCGCAUCCGUACAAUUUCCUUUCUGCUUACUUUUGGGGCAAGCACACGGUGCAUUUCGAGGGACAUAUCUUACUCGUUGUACAUAGAAGUAUAUAUAUAUAAAUAUAUAUUAUAUAUAAAUAUAAAUACUAUAUGAAAGUAUAAAUAAACACGUACGAGCUAUUAUAAUAACGCUACUAUUUACGCACACUUGUGGAUCUAUAUAGUUGCUCCGAGACAAUCGCAUUAACUCUGUACCAAGCGGGGCCCUCUCUUUCAAGGGGUUCAGGGUUAUCCUAAACCAAACGAGUUCCCAGUCGUCACACAUGUGACAAAACUAGAGGCUCUCUCUCUCUCAAAAAAAAGAAAAGAAAGAAAGAAAAGGGCGGCAGCUCGACUAAACUGCGCCCGCGCCCGCUCUGGCUUCACCGCCGACCAAAAACCACUGCCGGCUCGAAUGAGGUUACGACUUGACGCUGAAACCUGCGCAGUCCAGACGCCCUUCGUCAAAGUUUAACAAGCAAAGUCUCGCCGUUGGUUUAUUGUUUUGUUGUUGUUUUUUCUGCCGCAGAGACCUCCACUGAUAGUUUUGUGUUUGCGAAGCUUACUUGAAAGAGCACCGAAUAGCUACACGCAAGCAAGGAACAGGAAAAGCGAUCUUUGAUUUUUAAGACUUUAGUGGACACUAGCGAACAGCACCAGCAGAAUCCAUCGCGUACGAACGCCUGCUCGUACAGGCAUGCGCACUCCUAUCUAGAGCGCUCACAGGCUAGGCGCUGUGUGUACGAGAUAUUUGUAGCGAUAGGCUCAAUAAGCAUCCUAAAGCUGGUUUUAGACAAAGACCAUUAGACCGUCACCUUUCGACAUUGCCUUAACAGGACAUGAUAAAAAAAGGAAAUCGAAAACUGAAAAUCAAGCAAGAAGAGAGGCAGCACGUCUAUUGACUAAGUCUAGGUCACUGUAGGCUUGGGAAGACGUCACACAAACAGGCCAAGUUAACGCUCUCUCCUCGCCGGUGCCAUGCACGCAUGCGUACCUUUCACGACUCGGCGCCCCGUCUAAGUAACUUUAAUCGGAGUGCUCGCUCGGUGUUCUGUCUGCUGCUAUCCGUGAAGCGAUCAUGGGUUAAUCGCUACUUAUUUCGCGUUCAUUCCUUUUUUUUUUUUUUUCUCGUCCUUGGUUGCACCGUAAGCCUUUUCGUAUCACAGAUCGUCACUCAACAAUCCCCUGAGCGCAUGCAGCACCUCGUUUUAUUUCUCGCGACGUUUCCAGGCAAUGGUUUCGCGUUCUGAAUCUUAACACGUCUUAAAUAACAAAAGGCGUGUACCCUUUGACCAUGACGUCACGCGCGCAGGCAAUGAGCCCCUAAGAAACCUGCGCUUUGGAAGAGCAUAAAAACUGUCACUGAAAUGACUUGCAAAAGCAGUCUUUGCUUUUUCGCAAUAUGGUGUAGGCUCCCUCGCUCACCAAUCACCGCGGUUCAUGUGCACGAUGACCAACUCGCACUAACAACGUGCACACGCUAUGAGCGUGAAGCUUCCGUUUUUGCUGCGGACCGGUAUUGUGGCUUGGCACAUUACGAUUUUGUUGCCUCCAAGAUCUUGGUGUAAACUUUCCACGUUUUCCGACUUCUUAAUUUUCCUUAUUUUUCUUUCGCGAUUAGAGAUAUUACACACAAGGGGUAUCAGGCAAAAUGACGCAAACCAAAACAGUGAGCACGACUCGCUAUCGCAGGUAAUAUAUUCCGAGAUCAGACAUCUCGGAGGCACAUAUGAGACAGAAGGGGCUUCACACAAGCGGCUUUGCGAACCACUGCCGACACUAAGCAUAACUUGACAUCGCAAGUAAAGGAUGACCGCCUUAAGUAUCACUCACCUCUCUCUUUAUGAUGGGGGCCCUGCCUUCGCAUGUGACGUCAUUGCUCAGUUUGGGCCCGCCUCGUGCUAUUUAGCACGCGUUAGUCUGAGGUGUCACAAACAUUACAGAGCGCUAAGAAUAGCGGUACAUAGCAUAUACUAAUGCCACAACGUGUUCCAUCAAAAUGCUUGCAAGAUGUUGUUUUACACUUUGCCCUCGUGCAUCCCUCGCUGUGCGUUAAAAGAUUCGCCUCGGCGAAUGGAAGGUGCAUUUUUCCAUCGAUCGCGUAUGUCGCCUCGUAGUCGGGUAUAGGCCAUAUGACUAUGGCAUUAUUGCACAGAGGCACCAUACUGUCACUCGCCUAACUCGACUCUGGUGGCACUUAGCGCAGACACCUGUCGUGUCGCGCCGUGUCGUACAGGUGACGCGAGGCUGUUUGGCAAGCGCCUCCUCUAGUCGGUGUACCAACAAGUCCGCAGUGUUGACCGUGCUUCAGUUUUCUUGCUCUGUGACGCAUCACUUUGAUCGCGUUGAAAAGAAAGCGGCGAUUUGAAUAGAGCUGGCGCUGGAUUGAGGAAUCAAACGGUACAUGUUCAUACCUGACCUUCUCCUGCUAUCUACACGGUGAGCGUGUUCGAAAAGAACAGCAUAAAGUAAAACAAAGAAAAAGCGAAGACAAUCGUUGAAUUCACUCUCUAUAUCUUUUGUACACACCGAUUCAUCAACGUGCUCUUUUAUGGCCGUCUCCGUCGUCGCUAUGCGAGAUGAGUAUAGAGCGAGCGGUGGACGGCAGGCGCGCCAUUCUUGCCUUUUUAUUACUCUUUCGAAACGUAUACGGAUCUUAUUUUUCUUCGCUCUUUUUCUCUUCGCAAUGUUCGUGAAAACUUUUACUCGACUAUAUGCAGUUUACACGGCCACAGGGGAAGACGCGGCACCGGUGUUGCAAGGUAUACGACACGGAGCCCCCUCCACUCACACACACACGACGAGUCCACAAGUGUAUAUAUAGAUACAUAUAUAUAUAUACUGUGCCCACACUUCCAGACCGUAUAGUUCCUGAAGCGAAGUAAACCUUUGUAAAUUCAAGCACCCUACCGCGUGACCCCCAUUUCCCCCCGAUUUGCCGACUUAGCCUGAGGGUAGUAAGCACUUGAAAUACGGUAGCGGGAGUGUAAGUUGGUCGAACUCGCAAACUUGCGCGACGGGGACGAGGGGUCCAGAACUACACAUUUAAGGUAGAACAACGCUUUAAAGCUAGCCCUGCCCAAGGAAAACACGCAUUUUCAAAGCGGUGCCGGAACUGAGACUGACGAUAGGCGGGCGGGGCACUUCUAACAGUGGCGGCAUGACCAAGUGACGUCGAUGACCAUGAGGUCCGAACGAGUCCGGCCGCCGCCUGCAGAAAUUGUCAGUUGGCGUUCCAAAAAACUUUCGUGAAGGGCAUGCUAACCUCACGUAACGGUCUCUCUUGCGAGGAUUCAGCAACGCUUUUGUCAUCGUCUCGUAGCUUUCACCGUUCGUGAAAGCAUUUGUAUAGCGCUUCCCUCGUCACCGUAGUGCGCGUUUGUACAGCGCACCCUUAAAACUGGAGCUCUUCGUCUUCGAGAUUACAGCAUGUAAACGAGAACGUUCGCGGCGCAGUCAUCAGCGAUGCACGUAGAACACUACAACGCCACGUGACGACCCACUGGCGCGCACCUAUUAGCGAGUCGCACAUAUAUGUAUCUAUACUCCUGGCCGCCGGGUCACCUCGAGAAAAAAAAAGCAUAAAUUAUUACUGUUUAUCGCUCCCGUCGAAAAGCCGUGUUAGAAUCCUCCGUCUGCGCAGUAUAUAAAGCCGUCGCCUUUGCUUCGGAGGGGAUUGCUACUAAUAUAGUGGACUGUAGACUAAGGUCGAUGAUGCGCACUUGUUGACUACGGUAUGCACUGUAGCUUCUGCACACGUAGACACCCAGUGAACGACGUUGCCGUAUAGGGUUAUAUAGCAACUUAUAUCGAUUCUGCGUGCUGCCACUAGUACGCCGUGCCAGGUGGUACUUCGGUCGGUGUCGUCCGGUGAGCAAACACCGUAUAACGGUGCCCCCCCCUUUAGGGGCGCGUGGUUCCUGCCCGAACGGCAUUGGGCUCCUGGGUUACCCCCCGCUCGGAUCGCAGAAACAACCGCUGCCAGACGUGAGGCUAUUGCUGGAACAUGUUAGAAUGCUCUCAGGCAAUAUAUGCACCCGCAGUCUUCGGAGGUGAAGGAACGGGGACGACUGCAGCGAUUCCGCAGCUUAUAGCGAAACUGAACCGUAUGUACGAGCAGUCGUCGGGACAGAGAGUUCUGCAGCUAUGCGAAGUUUUCGGAAGGCUGCGGCGGGAAACAAUGCCUUGUUUUGAGAGCAUGCUACAAAACACUCGUUCUCGUUCUUCCCGUUUCUCCUUCGAGUUUCCCGUGUACUCUGGGUCUGUCGCUGCUUUCCGACGAAGACGGACCUGUGUGUAUUUAGUAUGAGUGUGCGUAUCUCUUGCCUGCGCGGGUGAAAUUUGUUGCGGGUUUGUGAGCGUGUCUUGUAUAAACGUGAGCACCUGUGCCUGGACCUCCUUUCACGCACACUUUUUUUUUCUUUUCCUUCUUUGUGUGUGUGUGUGUGUGUGUGUGUGUUAUAUGUCGCGUUUCUCCCUCCCCAAGACGUAGCAGAUGUACUACGUUUCAUUUUUAGGCGCCCGUCUUCACGGCGACGUUCACACGUCUGGUGCAAGUGGACCCGCAGAAUUAAAAGCGAGAACGGUGCUUUGUAGAGCAUCACAUCCCUUUCGCAAGCUAUGGGAGCAGAGGCACCAAGAUAGGAUCACAAGAAUGAGCUGCGUGGACAUUUUGCUUGACUUGUUUGCUUCACGUGUUCGGCUUGUUUACAUUGACGGGCUUCAGUGGUGAUGACGCUGGUCAAUGACGUCCAUCUGAUGACGCUGAUCAGUGACGCUGGUCCACUUAAGGCUUUGAUGGGUAUUUGUGUAGCGCGCAGACCUGCCUUCCCCACACCCUCCUGCUGCAGUCGCACUUCGGUCCCUUCUCCAAAGUAAUCAAGACUGCGUGGUACAAUUACUGUUUGGUCCAAUACCUGAUUCCUUGAGCAAGAUGUCUGUGGGAUGCAGCGCCCGUUUGCGGCCGUCAUUGCAUGCUGACGAUGCGGUUGCACAAAGUCUAGGACGCGAUUCCACGCUAUUUGUAUAAGCCAAGUGCCGAAAUUUUCGGUCGUUUUGUCUGUGUGCGAGUUUUGCUGCCGGCAAAGUUGUGCACUCCAAUGUGUACCUCCUUGCACAGUUUGUCGCCCGCGCCUUCUAGAAGCAGUUGUUAUUCGAACCUUGUUCACUGUCGAAAAGCCCCGAACUUGAGUUACGUUUUGCGUGAGUGCAGAUGUGCUUGUUUGUGUCAAUAGUCACUCGUUUGAUGUUUGCGCCGUCAAAUACGACGAAGGGGGCUCUUGAAGUACAGUUGAAAGGGAGAUACCGAAAGAGAGAAAAAAAAAAAAAAAGGCUCGCCACGGUGGAUUUCUGAGCAAAGGUUGUCUGUUGUCCAAUGCUGAAACAAAGUAACAUUACCCUGAACAUGCACAACGGGACCGGUGUUCCUCAAAGAAGUGUGUGAGUGUGCGCUUCCUGUUCCAACAAAUGUCAGCGUCCCUCAAGGCGACGUCAAGGCGAAGACUAUGUCGCCAUGGACUCUUCCCUUGAAUUACUAAUAUUUUUCAUUACCUGAUCUUUUCUUUUUUUCUGCACAAUAGUCCUUCAUCGCUCUGCCCAUUCCUCGGAAAUAAAGGAAACAAGUACA